AUGGGAUAAAUUCAAGAUAAAAUAAGUAGAAUUAAUAUCAAAAAACGUGUAAAAGUUUUUAUGGCUGGGAAUCCAUCUUCAGGAAGGACAACGAUAUUAUAUAAAUGGAAGAAUUAAAAAAUAGAUUUUUAUAUACCAACACCUGGAUUUAACGUUGAGCGUAUUGUGCAUAAUUAGAUAGAGUUUGAAAUGUGGGAAGGAGGAGGAGGAUAAAUUAUAAGAAAUAUGUGGGCUGAUUAAAUGUAAGGGGUGGAAGCACUUAUAGUUGUAUUAGAUUCAAGUGAUCUUAAUUAGGAUUAAUAAUAUUUCUAAGAAUAAGUUCAAAAAUUGUUAGCACGAUUGCCAUAAAAGAACCUGCCAUUCUUAAUUUUAGCAAAUAAAAAAGAUAAAUAUUUGGCUAGUUUACAAGAAAUUGAAUAGUAUGUAGGCAUUGAAAAGUUUAAAUCUUAAAUUUAAUACAAAAUAAUAUAUACUAAUCCUUUUACUGGCGAGGGUCUAACCGACGCAUUAGAUUGGCUCGCUUAAAAAUUUAUAUGA